GUGUAUUAAUUCUAUCAGAAAUAGCCAAUCAGAUUCAGGUUCUUCUGACUAAUCAUCCUCUCUGUGUACGCUCGUCCAAUUUAAAUACCCCACUACCGUUGUCUUUUCGUCAGUCGCGAACUGACAAAUUACUGUUACUUACGUUGCGUCGUUCAAAUAUCAGUGACACAUCUAGUUCUGUGAAAUUAAUUUUUCUGAAUGAAAAUGUUUAAAGAAGUUGCACAAACGAUAUUUGCCAUGUGAUCUCGUGUCGCGAGCGUUUGAUUCAUUCGACGUAACUUCAGAAACCGUUCGGGCUAACCUAUAAUUUGUCAAAAUGAAUUGAAUCAAGUCGAUGCGUACACGUACCAUACAGAGACAUUUACGAACAGUUGUAAUUUUCUCAAUGUUUGUGACAAGAUGGAGAUAUUAUCGGACCCAGUGUUCAAGACACAAUAUCAAAAAUAUAAAACUCGUGUUAAAUUAUGGGAAAGCCGCUUCACCGCGAAACAUGGACGUAAGCCGAAUAAGGACGACAUUAAAGAGGCUGACAUAAAAAUCAAAGAAUCUUAUAAAAUGUACUGGAAGUUAAAAACGCGUGCUUUGGAGGAAACACUUGUAGACAUUUCGUUUUCUGAUGAGACAGAAGAUAAUGUUACUCAAAAUGUAACGUGUACAUUGUCUGAAGAAAUUAAAGAUGAUAAUAAGUCUUUAAAGGAUAACGAAAAACAUGAGCAAAACGAGAACAGCACAAAAAAUAUAGAGGGUAAUAUAGAAAGUAAUAAAAAAAAUACAAGUUUAAAAGAUAUAAAAAGCACGGAAAACAGAGAUAAUGAAAAUAUAAAUAUUAAUAAAAGUUCGCAAGAGUGUCAGAGCCAACAUACUAUUAAUAGUUUGAUGGCAGAUAAAAAUGAAUAUAAAAAUGUGAAAGGUGUAUGGGGUGAUCAUUUGAGUAAAAGUAACGAACAAAUACCUAAGAAGAAACAAACAUUAAUAGGUAGAUCAUCUUCUUUUCAGUUGUCGCAAAAUAAAUUCACAAGUUCAAGUUUUAUGAAAAGAAAUCCUAGAAAAUCUCUGUCUACAACAAAAACAAAAAAUAAAUCUGAGAAAGACGAUAAUAUUGAUACAAGUACAUCUAGUAUUGUACAAAAUACAAACAUAGAACUAAAUAACAAAGAUGAUUUAAAUGUUGAUGAACGAACAAAAUCUAUACUUGGUACGAAGUCUGUGAAAGUAACGUACGUUGAACCUAAAUGUGUUGCUCAAUCAAUUGGUACAAUAUUGCAAUUGACUGAAGGACAUAUUAUUAGUAGAAAUCUAAAUUCUGGAUGGUUAGACAGGUGCGCCAAACAAAAUAAUUUAGAUUGCACAGCAUUUGAUUCGCUGCAGAGGCUUUCUGGAAAAAGCGACUCUGGUAUCGAAUCAGUAGAAACAAGUAUUCGUUCAUCUAAAGAAAAUAUAUUAGCGUCUGACAUGCAAGAAAUUCCUCAAAUAUCAGACGAGGAAGAUUUUAUUUGUAACAGUGAUUCAGAAGGAGAACAUAAAAACAAACGUAUCAGAAAUUUCAAAAAAGGCUUUAGCGAUCAAGAAAAUCAUCCGUCCAAAAAAAUAUGUCUCAAAAACUGUACAGAUGGUUUAGUAUCAAAUAAAACAGUUCUCAGUGAAGAAAAAUGUAACGACUUAAACACAACUAGUAUAAAUUCAGCUAAGAAUAACAGCAUACAUGUAAAUAUUCAAAAAAAUUUGAUUAAUAACGUUGACAAAUGCAAUGAUAAUGUAAAAGAUAUAUUACAAACUGUAGAUACAAACACGCACGAUCAGGAGGACAUAGAAAAAUCAGUUAAAGGAAAAUCAACGAAUCGUAGAAUUCGGAGAAAAAUUAAACACGACUCAUCCGACAAUUCAGAUCCUGAUUUCGAUGAAAGUGAGGAGAAGAAAAAGAAAGUGUCAAAAACAAAACGAACGAGCGCAAGAAGAAAAAGUAAAGCUAAUGAAUCAACAACAACAAACGAAAUAAAAAGUGCAACUAAAACGAAAAGAUCUUGUAGAAAGAAAAAGAACGUACAAUAUGAGGAAGAUGACUUAGAAACGUGUGACGCAGAUCUCGAAAAUACAAAUGAUAAGAAACCUGAGAUAUAUGGAAUAGAAACCUUAGAAGCUGUUCCACGUUUUGCAAUAUGCAAAAGUAAUCAAGGAGAUCUUAUUGAACAAUUUGCUAGAUCUAUUUCUUCGAAAGCCGAUGAUUUAAGUUUCUCUGAAUCUGCAAAGUCGAAGAAACAAUUAACAAAUAAAGAAACGUUAGAGAAGAAGAUAGCAGAUGGAAAAGUAAAUGAAAACUUUGUUAGAAUAAAUUUAAAGAAAAAGGUAUUUGUGCGUGGUAAGAAGCAUUUUAAUUUCUCCAAGUAUAAGAAGAAUCAGUGGAAAGAAAAAAAGAAAGAGCUUGCAUCUGGCGAGGGCAGUUUAAUGGUAGCUGACUUUGUUGAGAAGAAAGGUGCAUACAGUUGUUUUAAAUGCGGAAGUACCGGCCAUUUUUCAAAAUAUUGCCCGAAUAAGAACAGUGACGAUUUAAUUCCGUUAAACGAAGUAGAUGAAAGUUCGACGUUUCCAACUUUAGAAGAGGCUCAACAAAUGGCCAGCCAGAAUGCAAUUACAGCACAUGCUAAUCGAAUUGACCGUUUGCCGGAGAAACCAUCGUACUUUGUUGAAGCAAAGCUUGAGUCGACGAAAAAUGAAACGGGGAAUAAAACCGACGAUCAUGAUUUAUGGGAACCCAUCGAGGACGAAAAUAUUUUAUUCAGCCAUAAAAUUCCCGAAGAUUUGGUACAAAAAUUACUACCACCAGAGAUUAGCAGACUACAACCACUGUAUGAACUUCAGGAAGAUCGAUCGUGUAUAGAAACACCAUCCGAAGUUUUUGAUGUGUUGCGAAAAUUCGGUCACGAAACAUUUAGACCUGGACAAGAGAAAGCUGUAAUGAGAAUACUAUCUGGUCAAUCGACAUUGGUAACCUUAUCUACUGGUUCUGGAAAGUCUUUAUGUUACCAGCUACCUGCAUAUCUCUAUUCCAAAUACUACAAUUGCAUCACUUUAGUCAUAUCACCGCUGGUAUCCUUAAUGGAUGACCAAGUGACGGGUGUCCCGUCAUUUUUAUCUGCAGCCUGUCUACAUACCAAUCAAACGGAAAAAGUAAAAGACAAUGUCAUGCAAAUGGUGAAACAAGGAAAACUGAAUAUUUUAUUAAUUUCUCCAGAGGCUGUAGUAGCUGGUGAAAAGUCAACUGGAUUCGGUGCUUUAUUGAGGCAGCUUCCACCAAUUGCUUUCGCGUGUAUAGACGAAGCUCAUUGCAUUUCACAGUGGUCUCAUAAUUUCCGUCCGUCUUACCUUAUGGUCUGUCGAGUUCUUAGGGAGAAGUUAGGCGUCAAAACGGUAUUGGCGCUUACCGCCACCGCAACAAAAGCUACCGCUGAAAGCAUAAUAAGUCACUUAGAUAUAGAAGAUGGAAUGGCGGGUGUUAUAUCUGAUAUCCCGAUACCGAAAAAUUUGCUGUUUACAAUUUCCAAAGAUGAAAAUAGAGAUCAGGCUUUAAUCAAAUUGUUAUUGAGUGAAAGAUUCCAGAAAUGUAACUCGAUUAUUGUUUAUUGCACCCGUCGAGAAGAAUGUGUAAGAAUUGCGAGUCUUCUAAGAACUGCUUCCCUGCAGGACGAACAUAAUUUUGAGAAACCAAACGCCAAACUGUCUUUUAUCGCGGAAGCGUAUCAUGCCGGUUUAUCGGCUCAUCGCCGGAAAAUUGUCCAGAAGGCAUUCAUGAAUGGACAAAUCAGAAUUGUUGUUGCUACUGUAGCGUUUGGUAUGGGCCUUAACAAGCCGGAUAUUCGCGCUGUAAUACAUUACAACAUGCCUGGGACCUUCGAGGGAUACGUUCAAGAAGUCGGGAGAGCUGGCCGAGAUGGACUUCCAGCUUACUGUCAUUUAUUUUUAAAUCCAACAGAAAAUAAGGAUAAAUUGGAAUUACGGCGGCACAUAUACGCAAAUGGAAUCGACAGGCAUACAAUUAGACGUUUACUCCAGAAAGUUUUUGUCCCGUGUUCGUGUGCAAAACUACGUGAAAGCAAAGCAGAUCGCAAAUGUCCUGGUCACGAGGUUGCUAUUCCAAUCGAUGAUACAGUUGCAGCUUUAGAUAUUUCGGAGGAAAAAAUUUCAACUCUCUUGUGCUACCUUGAAUUACAUCCGAAAAGAUUUAUCACCCUUCUUUCGUCUGUGUAUAUCAACGCCCGAGUUUCAAGUUACAACGGACCUCAAGCGCUGAAGCAAGCUGCUCAAACGUCACCGCCACUUGCAAUGGCUAUCGCACUAGACUUACAAAACGGUAUUUCUCAUGAAAGUAGUAAUGUUAUUGAAUUUCCAGUUGUGGAUGUUGCAUCUGCUAUAGGUUGGGAUAGUGGUGUUGUGAAAAGUCAUCUUAAAAAUUUAGAGUGGAAGACAGUUAAUGGAGUUUCAAAGCGUUCAGCUAUUUCAGUAAAAUAUGAGAAGCUUGGUUUGAGGGUGAAAGCCCCAGGAGAUUUGACGGAAACAGAAUUAGACGAAGCACUAGAUGCUCUAGUUAGCCGUGCUCAGUCUCAGGAAACUUCGGCUUUGCAACAACUUGAAACGAUUAGUACUACGCUUCAAAAGUUUAGUGUUCCGUCUGUACAACAGUGUCUAACAUUAAAUGAUGAAAUGAUUAACAAGUCUGAUCAAUUGAAAGACGUUAUUCGCAAUUACUUCGAUGGGAAGAUUCUAUUAGACAUCGAUUUGAAACAAGUACAGAAUGUAGCAGAGAAUGAAGCGCAAGUAGCUUGCGAUGUUCGUAACUUGAUUAUAAGUUACCGCGAUAAUAAUUUCACUGGACGUGCAAUCGCACGAAUUUUUCAUGGGAUACAAAGUCCAAAUUAUCCUGCUUAUAUAUGGGGUAAAUGCCGUUUCUGGAGAACUCAUAUUUCAUUUGACUUCAACGCUCUGUGUCAAAUUGCUACAAGAGAAAUUUUAGCUUUACGUUAGAUUAAAUUGUUUUCAGUGGUUGUAGUUUUUUUUAUGGAUUUUGGUACACUACAGCCGUUAUUCUUAAAUGCUAGACAUUUGACGAAUGUUUGACGUUAUAAUUAUCUUUAUAGUUUAUGAAUAUUCGAAAUUUGAGCAGUAGGUUUACAUAUUAAUAUAUAUUAAUUAAAUAGUUUUAAAAAUAUAUAUAUAUAUAAAAGAUUAAAGGUUAUAUAACGUUUUAUUGUUUCCAUAACAAAUGGUAAAAUUCGUAUAGGUCAUAAUGUAUAAAAUAUUUACUCGAACAUGCCUUUAAAGAGUAAUUUAUUUUUUUACAUUUGUAGGAUAAACUUUAAAUA